AGUUUGCAACGGUCAAGUUUUAUCGCGGCAUUCGUUAUCUUAGCAAAACAUCAUGAUUUAAUGCAUAAUGGAUUAGUUUGCUUUAAAGCAUUCUAGACAUAGGAGCUUUCAAGGCGGGUAACAAAUGAGUUUACAGAUAUGCACGUCAGUGUCGAGCGUGUACGACGUACAGGAGCGAUGUAUUCUCGCAAAUAGUUCUAGCGGAGUUUUUUUUUCGAUUGCAAAGCAAAAAGAAUUCAGUAAUAACACAGGGAGAGCAUUGUAUUUGGUUCAUUUUGUUGGUGGCUGGCAACACUUCCCCUUUGACGUGUGAGUGCGAAAGAGGGAUAGCAAACGCGAGGGAAAGGGAGAAAAGUGAAACGAAAUUUGGGAUUGGGAGAAAGCGAGAUGAGUUUAUUUGGAAUCCGAUUUGUUGUUAUAUAUACACUGUUGCGAAAAGCGAACUUCUCUACUUCACCAAAAUAGUUGCUUCAAUGAUAGUUACUGUGAUUAUUGCCUGUACUAUUCGCUGUAUAUAGCUCGGCAGAGAGUUGAAAUAGCCGUAAGGAGAAGCUGAAAGAGUGGAAACGGGAACAUGGGCUCGACGGAGGCAAAUCCAACUCCCGGACGCUUCUCGCACUGCACCCUGUUGGCGAACGUCGAUGCGUACAAUCCCGAUACGCUCGAUCUUUAUCAGGAUCCGGAGGCGAAUCGAUACUGGUUCGCCUGCUUCAAAGACAUGGUGCUCAAGUUCGAGCGGCAGGCAAUGGCAAGUCAAUCGAAGGAUGCCAGCGCUGCAGCCCGUGCCCAAUCUUUCCGCGAGCACUGUGCCGAAAUGCUCGUCCAGCUGCAGGAGGGCACACGAGAAACGCCAUCAUUGGGUAUCAGAAACCUGCUGGAGGUAAUCGAAAGUGCUCUCCGAAAGUUUGGCUUCGAUGACCCUUGGAAGGAACAAAAGACGAUCGAAAACAAAGCAUCGAUCGGUAUGCUAAAGCCGCGAUUGCAGCAACUCGACAGCAUAGCCUCCCGGAGGGAAAAGUGGACGGAGAUUGUACGUGGUGUACUAGCUGGUAAUAUGUUCGAUUGGGGCGCCCAGGCUGUGACAAAAAUUUUAGAAACAAACAAUGGAUUCGGCCUACAGCAGGCUCUAGAUCGGAUACAGAAAAGGCCCUGGUUAAUCGACGACCUAGACGGGUGGCUCGACAGAAUGGAGCACGAUCCACCACACCGCUGUGCGACGAUUUUCACUGACAAUGCGGGCAUCGACUUCGUGUUAGGGAUUGUGCCCUUGGUUCGCGAACUGUUGAAGCGCAACACGAAGGUGCUGCUGUGUGCGACCAUCAAUCCGGCGAUAAACGAUAUUACGUACUCCGAGCUAACGAAAGCUAUUGCCGAUUGCUGCGAAGAGUGCGACAUUCUACGAGACGCCUACAGCAAGGAACAUCGGUUGCUGCUGUUUGGCAAUGACCAAAUCGGACCCUGUCUGGACUUUAGAGUGCUUUCAAAAGAUUUAUCGGACGCAAUCGAACAAAACGACGUCGAUUUAUUGAUAAUUGUCGGAAUGGCUCGGGCAUUGCAUACCAACCUGUACGCAAAGUUCGCGUGCGAAACAUUCAAACUGGCUGUCGUAAAGAAUGAAUGGUUAGCUAAACGGCUAGGUGGCGAAACUUUCUCCGUGGUAUGUAAAUACGAACGGUAAUAUUACUUCAAAUGUUAUGACCAGCCAAGGAUCGGCCAUUCGGUCAACGGAUCUAAACCAUGAAAACAACAAUGAACUGUGCUGAAAGAACUAAAAUAAAUAUUGAACGCGUUGAUUAUAUUUUA